ACAGUUCCUUCGAACUUAGUGAAUCUUAGUACAAGUCUACACGUUGGACAUGUGGACACUAUGUCCAAACCGAUUUCGCCGGAAACAUCCACACUCACAGAAGGUAGGAGCGGAGAAAUUUUCAGCUACAAUCAAUAACAACAUACCUUGGAGGAAGAUUUUGGAGAUGGAAAAAUGUAUAUUCCACACGACUCGUAAAGGACAAAUGGAGAAACAUGGUGCAUAUGUGAUUAAAAGCCUUACUCAUGAGACGACCCAAAAUGCGGAGUCAAGUCUUGCAAACAAAUUGAAGCAGAGAGAGGAUGAAACUGAAAACUGUGUUGGUUUUGGAAGAGGAGGAAUCUUUACUAAAGAGACGGCCCAAAAUGUGGAGGCAGAUGUUGCAAAAAGAUUGAAGCGGAGAGAGGUGGACACAGAAAUUGCAUAUAAAGCAUUGGAUGAGCUUAGACAGUCUCUGGCCAACAAUGAUAUCUUGCUUAAGGAGAAGACAAUGGCUACAAUUAGACUUAUGGAAAAAUUGGAUGGUGGCCAAACCAGUCGCGAUUUCGGUAAUCUUGGUGAUAUUGUCAGCAUGGGAACUACUCUCUUAGUUAAAGAAACAGUAGAGUCUGCAGGAAGGGCUACAAAACAGUACAUUCUGAAUAAGAGUAGUCAGAAUCUGGAAUUCAGAAACAAAAUUAUUAUGAUUGCCGACAAGUUGUAUAAAUGGAUGUGCAAAUUGACUAAUAGUCCGGAGAAGGACAUUACCGAUUUAGACGAGGCUGCCGUGAUCGUAACAAUAGCAGCAUUGGCUCCCAUCGCUCUUGUGAUAGUGCAUAUUGAUCCAGUAAGCCUCUGCUCAAGUAUGUAUGAAUCUGUUAGCAAUAUGCUGUCAUCUCUACCGGGGGAAAAUGCAUGCAAACUCUACGACCAGGACUGGUGGUGGUUCUUUUUGGAAUGUUUGUAUGAUUUCUAAGUUUGUCUAGCUGAUGUAAUCCGCACUAGUUAAACUUGUUACGAUUCUGUCCCGUUCUUCUUGUUAAACUCUACUGGAAAUGGAAUGUUUCGAAAGUAUGCUCUUGGUACAAACUAAAUCAUGAGGUAUUGC